AUGGCAAACUUAGCGGCAGCAUUUUCUGGUGUUUUUACUAAAUCGAGAGCAGUGGCACUUCUUCAAUACACCUCAGUUCGCUUUCGACGAAAACCACGCUGGCUCGGUACAGCCAAAAGCAAACUGUUUCGUGUGCCGGAACGCAAGAAACAGAUCGAGGAGGAGAUAGAAGAGCUAAAACGAUUGCACAAUAACUAUCGCACUCAAAUGAAAGCGGUACGCAACUUUCUGCGUGAUGAGGUGGAAGCGUACAAGCUUGUUUCUCGGGCCGGUCUAGUACUGCAAACUCCCGAACAAGAGGAAGCGGAAUGGCAAGAAGCAUUGCGCAGAAACGACGAGUGGAACCAGCAAACAGCUGCUAAACGUGAAGAACGGUUGGCUGUAGAGCGCGCGGCUCGCAAGGAGUAUAUACUGGAAAGGAUAGUCCUGAAGGAGCAACGGGAAAUAAAUAAAAAGGAGCAGGUUGAAGCGAAGGUGCGCAUGGAGAAAGAACUGUCGAAAACAUUCAUCACGCGCGAAAACAUCGAUAAGGCGAUCGAACUAGCACUGGUCCAACCUACCACGUUUAACUUUGCUCUAGACCGUGAUGGGAACCUGCAUCGAGUAGCGGAUACUCCGCCCAACGAUCCCAACCAACAAAGCUAG